UGGAGUGAAGCACCUCAGUCUAUCACAGCUCGGGGGACACUGACCAUCACCACACUCGCGCUAGCCACCACCUUCCCACGAUUUUCAAAAACGGCAAAUUUGUAGUGAUUUUGUCUAGCCAGAAACAUUCAAACCUUGGCAUUCCCCCUAAUCUAUGGAGAUUUCUAUUCCCUGGUGUUCGAUAGACCCAGGAAGCAUUUAAAAUCUGUGAUUUUUGAUGCUAUGGUCGACUGCGUCAAAAUUGUUGUAUAUUAAGUGUGUGGAGAGGCUACGGGGAGCAUGCAGCGUGUGUGGGUGUUGUGUGUGGUGUGUGGAGUCCUGGCCACAACACCAGCCCUGGAGGCCGCUACACUUCCUCACACUGCUCAGCAGUUUCUGGCAGAGAUUCGUGAAGCUCUGGGCGGUCAGUGGGAAAUCAUUAAGAACAUUCAGUACCACACAGUGAGCACGAAGCUGCGCCUCGCUAACAUAGUAAACCAAAUCAAGGAAGUGAUUGCACCAGCUGGUGGCGGCCAUGUUGUCGUCCACGACUCCAGCGCCGCCGCCGCCGCCGUCGCCGCUCCCGCCUCUCGUUCCUUUGGUAAUGAUCUUGACACACACAUUCCCGAGGCCAGUCAUCAGGGGAUUACCGACGGCUUAGGCAACACUGAAUCUGCCCUCUUAAAUUAUACUAACUAUGACCGGCGUGUGGUAACAUCCGAGACAAGUGUGAGGGAAGCUGUAGAUAGCGAGCAACAACACAACAUAGUACAGAAGCCACCAGAACCUGAGGAGUCACACACCACCACUGAUGGCCACAAUAUGGCAAAGGUACUGGCAGGUCUCGGGGUUUUGUUCCGUGCAGAAGACCGUCAUCUUCAGCCUCCCACAAGCGCACCUGCUAAACAGGACUUUGUUCCCCUCACUACUGCACCUCCAGAGACCAUGAUGAAGGUAUUGGCAGGCCUGGAGGCUGUGUUCAAUCCCGAAGACCGCCAGGUUGACCCUGCCACUAUUGGACCCGCGAGACAUGACCUUCCUCCCACCUCGGCUGCACCUUUAGAGGCCAUUAUGGAGGUGCUGGAAGGCCUAGAGGCUCUGCUCUUUGCACUAAACAGUCAGACUGAACAUUCUCCUAACCGAGCUGCCAUACAGGACCUGCCUCCCACCUCAGCUGUGCCUCCACCGUCCAUAAUGCAGGUGCUGGCAGGUCUAGAGGCACUCAGCAGGACGCACGACAGUCCUGCUCAACUUGCACAUGUUGACAAUAAUGCCACGCUAGACAAGCCGCCAGAGAACGUGGACGACAUCAUCAGAGCUCUGGCCGCUGUAGCGCGACAUCAUGGAAUAUCCGUCAACACUUCAGGUAAUGUUGAGGACCCGGAGGUGACCACGGAGUACCGCAGCCUCCUGGAGGUACUGGAAGCCAUGGACGACCUUAGUAGGACUGUAGGAGCCACAAGACCAAUAGAGGAAGCAGCCAGGCACCGCCCGUGUGAGAGUCCCUUCGAGGAGAUCGCCUACCGCAUGUGCAUCCUGCAGGAGACGACCCUCAAGCUCUCCUGGGGUGACGCCAGGGACUACUGCAGGAGGCGAGGCGCGGAGCUGGCCCAGGACGCCGUGGUGAUCAAGACCAGGAGGUUCCUCAACGACCUGUAUGGAGAGUCCGGCACACGGAGCAGGUGGCCAAUAUGGGUGGGUGGGAUAGAGAGGAGCGAGGGUGGAGAGAGAGUGUGGAAGUGGGUGGACGGGUCGGUGGUGCCCUCCUUCAUCUGGAGCGAUGACCAGCCUCGACCCUUCACCCUCCAGCAGGCUCCCGACGGUACCUGCAUGUUCCUCGACGGGUACAAGCGCUUCUAUGCCGCCAGCCUCCCGUGCCACCUCAAGCGCCGCUUCGUCUGUCAGCGCCACGACUAAUGGCGCCCUGGGGGCAGCUAGGGGCUGGAGGACCAGGCAAGUUACCUGUCUGCAUCUGGACCCGCACGUCCUCCUCUUAUGACCUUACACAAGAGGGAUAUGGGCCGGGGACACUUCCCCUCGUGCCUGGUUUUGAAGGUUUAUGUUAUAGAUAACUUUGGUGAUUGCAUUACCCAUGGUCCUCUUCCUCUGGUAGUAUAUAGUGAGUAAUUACAAUUAUUACUUAACCUAUUAUAGGUAUAGGUUAAGUAAUAAUUGUAAUUACGAAGCAAGAUGCUUAUCUUAACAUACUAAAAAGGUUAGGUAAGGUCGGUGUUUUCUAUGAAGCUUUUCGAGGUAAACUAGUAUGUUUAGUAUGUCACAUAUGCACGUAUUUAAUAAGUCAAUAUUGACUGUAAGAAAGUGCGAGAACGGGUUGCAACAGCUGUACUACCAGUGUAAGGUGACCGCCAACUUCACCUUCACCAUAGCAUGAUGUGUUUAGAUUCUUGUAAAGCCACCAGUACGCACAGCGUUUCCGGCAGGGCCUUAGUCUAACAGAUAAUAUUAAGUAGGUAAAUUCUAGCAAUUUAUAAAAUGUUAACAGGUACAUUGUAAGAAAAUUGGAUAAAGAUGAGUAGGUAUAUUAAAUCACAUUGAUAGCUUGAUUGAUAAU